UGUACCGGAAGGAUAAUGGCGGCGCCGGCAGAGGGCACGGUGCGGAGAUGUCUGCGGGGCUUCUCCGAGGAGGUCCGCGAUCUUCAUGGAACGGACUGUGUCCCAUAUCUGGAAGAGCCGCCAUCUCCUCUGCAGUUUCAUAGGGAAUGGCUGUGUCCGAACCGGCCGUGUAUUAUACGCAAUGCCUUUACCAACUGGCCGGCGCUGCACAAGUGGACGUUAGAUUAUCUCCGGAAAUGUGUUGGAUCCAAGGCUAUAAGUGUCGCCGUCACCCCCAAUGGCUAUGCGGAUGCAGUGUACGACAACAGGUUUGUUAUGCCAGAAGAAAGAACAAUGACAUUUGCUGAUUUUCUGGAUAUUAUAGAACAGAGAACAACUUCUCCUGGAGUCUUCUACAUCCAGAAACAGUGCUCAAACCUUACAGAAGAAUUUCCUGAGCUCAUUGGAGACGUGGAGAGUCACAUUCCAUGGAUGAGUGAAGCACUAGGGAAGCGUCCCGAUGCUGUGAAUUUCUGGCUUGGAGAAUCUGCAGCAAUAACCUCUUUGCACAAAGAUCACUAUGAGAACCUAUACUGCGUCAUUUCAGGAGAGAAGCAUUUUAUUCUUCACCCGCCAAGUGACCGCCCUUUUAUACCUUAUGAAAUGUACCAACCUGCCACGUAUAAAGUUAAUGAAGACGGGACAUUUGAGGUUAGAGAGCAGGAGUCUACAGACAAGGUGCCCUGGAUUCCUGUUGACCCGCUGGAGCCAGAUUUAAGUCUGUAUCCAUCAUACGGCGAAACGAGGCCUCUUCAUGUGACUGUGAAGGCUGGGGAAAUGCUGUAUCUCCCAUCUCUUUGGUUUCAUCAUGUCCGCCAGUCCCAUGGUUGUAUAGCAGUGAAUUACUGGUACGACAUGGAAUACGACAUCAAAUACCAUUAUUUUCAACUACUAGAUUCUCUCACUAAAGCUGCAGGAAAUUCAUGAAUGGACCAUCAACAUUAAAAUGGGUGUCAAAAAAUAACUAAAUAUCUGCCUGGCAUGAGAAAGGUGCCUCUAGACACACGCAGAUGUGAGGGACAAGCAAACAAGUGUGGAAGAAGUACAUCUAAACAUUGAAAUAUUAAUGUGAAGUCAAAUGCCAGCUGUUCUGUUGCCUCGAUGUCCUGGGAGAUACUUUUCCAAAAUACGAAUAUACAUUCAAGAUUCUGGGAGCUUUAUUGCCAGUGUUUAUAACAGAGAACAAGGUAUGAUAAAACUAGCACUCAGUGGUACAAUAAUGAUGCCGGACUGUAAUAAAACUCACACUUCACUGUAAAUGAAGAAACGGUGACUUACCCCAGCGGAGUACUGUUGCGGUGAGGUGGAUGCUCUGAAGUCGGUGAAUCCAUGUCCUAGUAGGCACUAGUGAGAGUGAUUUCUGCUUUGCUUUCCUUCUGAAAUGACGUAUGGGUGACCAUUUAAUUUUUUAGCGUUUCUCUUUGUUGAUGUUAUAUUAUAUUCCUUAUGUCCUAUAUAAAUCCCUUUUAAUAUUUCAUAUUUAAAGGGUUGAUAAGUUCGUAUCCCCCUUUUAAGAAUGUGUUCUCUUCAAAAAUGUAUGGAUCUUUUGCGGUAAAAUAGUGGGCACCAAUCCUCUUGACAUCGAUCUCAUCUCUAGAUAAAGGGGUUGUCUGCUUUUUUUUAAAUUUAUAUAUGUGUGUGUGUGUGUGUGUGACCUAUCCUGGGGAUAGAUCAUCAAUAUCAAAUCAGCGGUGUGCCGACUUUAGGCAUCCCCGCUGAUCAGCUUUUUGAAUAGGAAGAAGCCGUCCCUUUUAACAGAAUGGGACGGCAUAGUUGUAAUUGCGCCUAAUCAC